UAUAUCAUUUCAGAACAGGGAUGGACACUUUUUUGUACUUUGUAUUUUGAAAAGAUAAUGCUCUGAAAAGCUAAGGGUAUGCUUGAUCUGCUGGGGAUGUUGAAAUGUGCAAAGUAAAGAUAGCGAACAAGUCAGGCGAAGGCUGCCACAUGGUUGUUAGAGGAUGACAUGCAAAUAGGCAUUGAGCAAUAAAUGAAAGAUUUAUGACCAAAUAUGGGAAAGGUCUGUGGCCUGCAAGGAUGCAGGGGGAUAUAAAAAAGCAAACACACUGUGAUUUUGAGAAGAGUUGGUGAUUUUGAGACGAGUUAGAGGCCCCACUUUCAAGAGGGGAGAUUAUCGUUUCAGUUAGACAUUUUGUUUAAAUGGGAGUACCCUUUUUGAGCUUGUUUGUAGUUUGCGUUUGUUUGUAUCUUUUUGUCCUCUUUGAAAUUAAUCUUUGAGGAGCUUAUUAAUACUAACACUGAGUCUGAGUCCUUUAAUGGAGUGAGUUCUCUCCCCGCGUCAGCGACACACCUCCCUUCAUACACCAGUCUGAUUCAGCAGCCUGACGACUGCAUGGAAAAGAAGAAAGAGCAUGAUGCGAGUGUCCAAGAAUAUCCUGGCAAGUCUGUGGAUGCUGUUGCUGCUCCCCACUGAAAUCAUAGAAAAGUCCUGUGGCCACCCGGGUGAACUGGCCAAUGGGCAUUAUGAAUUCCCAAACAGAGUUGAAGUUGGGGCAGUGAUCACAGCCGUCUGCAACACUGGGCACUUCGCAAUAGGAGAAAAGAAAAGGAGUUGCUGGGGAGAUGGACAGUGGGAUGGCGGAAAUAUUUUUUGUGAAGUGGUGAAAUGUGAACCACCAAAACCAAUCCCCAAUGGACAACCACGCCCCCCUGUAAAUGAAAUGUAUGAGUAUGGCCAAGCAGUGCAAUAUGUUUGUAACGGAGACAGCACCAUGCUCGGAGCCAAUGACACUGUGCACUGCCUUGAAAAUGGGUCCUGGUCUGAUGUGCCUCGAUGUGCAAAAGUGGUCUGCGACAGGCCAGACAUCCCAAAUGCUAGACUUGUCGAAGGUGAAAGUGAUCCCUAUGGUCACAAGUCCACCCUCAGGUACGAGUGCAACGUGGGAUAUAAGAUGACUCCCGAUGGAGGCAACAUUACCUGUUUGGAAAAUGGAUGGUCUUCUACUCUGAAUUGUGAAGCGGUGGAAUGUCCUAAUCCAGGUACCACCAAUGCCAUUAUCACUGAUGGGGCAGGUGGUCCCUACGAGUACAGUGCUAUCCUUACGUACAAGUGCCAAGCUGGGCACACACUGGUUGGCAAUCCUCAGUUGAAAUGUGGAUCUGAUGGACAGUGGUCGUCCAAACCUCCCACGUGUCAAGAUGUCAGUAGUCGGAAGAUAAUCGGUUUUGCUGUCCUUGCUGUUUUGGUCCUUGCUGUUGUGGUCCUUGCUGUCUUUGGAUGUUGGUGUUACAAGAAAAAGAAGUCCAAAGAAGUCCACUCCGACGCAGAGGUUGUAGGGCUGAAUUCAAGGCCAGUGAGUGACACAGUAAACGACCUUCAGUCAGCGGACAGCUCAAAAGAGACAGAAGUCCUUGAUCCUGAGCCAGCAGCAGGUCCCGUCUGUAUAUCUGUGUCGCCACUGCACCCCCCUGGUUUCCCUGGGAUAGAAAGUCCAGGCCAAUGAGACCUGGCUUCAUUCACAAGGUCAAGUUUACUCAUUAUCAACAUACUAUGACCAGAGCUUGUAGCGUUUUAAUGACCUGUUGUACAUGGUCAGUAUGAAAAUCACUUGCACGACACUGGAGCUGCCAGCUUCUCCACACAGAUUUUCCUGCCUAUGAAUACCUGAUCUUCCAUUUCCUGUUACAUUUGUUGGUGUCAUUGAAGUUCAUGAAAGCCUCCUUGUAAGUCUUAUCAAAUUCUGCCAGGAUAAAGUGCCUGUAAAUCCAGAGCUCCCCAGCCUUUUCUCUGAAAUGAGGGACUGUUGAGCCAUGCACUGGUCUGUAUCAUGAAAUACUGUGCCUUUAAGUGUUCACAGAGCCUCAAGUACAGGUUAUUUAAUGCAUCACGUAAUUGUUUGAGUUAUAUGUCAGAAUGUAAAAUGAUGAAUGUUUGUACAUUUUUGAUUUUUUUUUGCUUUAAGUUUGAGUUUGUUUCUCUUGCCUAAUAAUGUACAGUCUGACCUUUUAUGAUUUUAAAGACAUCCUAUCAGAAUUCAUACAGGUACGUAUGUGUGUUUCUGGAAGUAAAUUACGUAAUAAUCUGUGUGCUUUUGUCUAGAAUGCAGAUUGUACAAUCUUUUGUCCUGUCCUUAGGUCACCAUUCUAGGACCAUUGUAGGUUCAAAGAAAAAAAUACGGAUCUAGGGGA